CCUCAUUCUUGUGUUACCAUUUUUCAUCAUCUUCUUCAUGAAAAAACGUCAACAAAACCUCUUACUCCCUCCUGGUCCUCCAAAGCUUCCAUUGAUCGGUAAUAUGCACCAUCUUCUAAACUCCACACCUCACCGAGCCCUCAAUGACUUAGCCGCGAAGUACGGUCCAAUCAUGCACCUAAAGCUCGGCUUCAUCUCCACCAUUGUUAUCUCCUCAGCUGAGGCAGCUAGACAGAUCAUGAAGACUCAUGACAGCAUCUUUCCAAACCGCCCGAAGCUAGUGGCUCCAAAAAUCUUGGGCUAUAACUAUAGUGAUAUAGCCUUUGCUCCUUACGGGUCUUAUUGGAGACAAGUUAAGAAGAUAUGCCUUAUUGAGCUCUCAACAGCGAAAAGCAUGAAUUCGACGCGGUUUAUACGUGAAGAAGAGGUGAAACUGUUUGUUGAAUCGAUUAGUAAAAGUUUGGAACAUGUAGACUUGGUUGAAAGGCUGUUUGCUUUGAAUCACAACAUUAUCGCUAGGAUUACUAUGGGUGAUAAGUUGGAUGAUCAAUUGAGGUUGCGGUUGGCGAUCCGGGCUGGAACCGCUUUGGCAGCCGGGUUUCAGAUUGGGGAUUUCUUUCCUUCACUUGGGUUCGUUGGUAAACUCACUGGAAUGAAUAAAAGGUUGGAAGAGUGUCUUGGGGAGCUUGAUGACAUCUUGGACAAGAGAAUACAACACCAUCUCGACCAACGUAAACUAGAGAAGCCAGAACGCGAGUGUUUUAUUGAUGUUCUACUCCGGCUUCAAGAGGCCGGAGAUCUAGAGCAGCCAUUGACUACUGACAACAUCAAGUCUGUCAUCUUGGACAUGUUCACAGGUGCAACUGAAAAUUCAUCGAACACAUCGGAGUGGGCAAUGACAGAGUUGUUAAGAAACCCUGAUAUGAUGAAAAAAGCACAAACUGAGAUCAGACAGGUUAUUGGUGAAAAAGCCAACCCUAUAUUAGAAGAGACAGAUCUUCCAAAACUAAAUUACCUUAAAAUGGUGGUCAAAGAGACUCUAAGGUUUCACGCUCCGCUUCCUCUUUUGCUCCCACGAGAGUCCAUGGAAAGAUGCGUGAUCAACGGGUAUGAAGUCCCUUCACAAACCCGCGUCCUUAUCAAUUACUGGGCCAUAGCUCGGGAUCCUGGCAGUUGGAAGGAUCCAAAUGUGUUUAAUCCCGAGAGGUUUCAGGAUGAAACCAGAGAUUACAGAGGUCAUGACUUCGACUAUGUUCCUUUUGGCGCUGGUCGUAGAGUUUGUCCAGGAAUUUCGUUGGGAAUGGUGAAUACCCAGCUUGCUCUAGCUUCUUUGCUUUACCAUUUCGAUUGGCAACUAGCUGAUGGGGUGAAACCACAAGAUUUAGACAUGAACGAGACGUUCGGAUUGACGUGUUACAAGACUUGUAGUCUAAGGGCCGUUGCUAAACUACGCUUCCCUAUAUCAACUUGAUGGUUUCAAUUAUAUUUUUAAUUACCGCUUUUCGUUUUUAUGUUAUUUUGUGAUCGUCUGUUGGUCAUUUGUAACACUAUAUGUGUUGAAAUAUUUUAAUGAAAUGCAGACAAUGAUGAAUAUCAUUUUCGAUCCU